AUGUCCGACAAGAAAGAUAUGGAACGCCAGGUUCACAUUGAAGAGGACGUUGAAUUGUCGAACCCUGACCAUGUGAAAGGAGAACUGCCUCCAGUUAGAGGUGAGGUACAUGCCAUGGAGAUUGUGAGGUCUGGGGGAGAAGAGGUCGAUCUGCACAUCAACGAGCUGGAAAUCCAACUUGCCGCCCGCAAUGUUGACGACGACUCCGGAUGGUCCAAAUUUCUGUCUUUCCACAACCCCGACAAUUUUACGAAAUUCCUGGCCGCCUUUGCAUGUAUUGGUGGCUUACUAUGCGGCAUUGAUCAGUCACUGAUCAGUGGCGCCAACCUGUUUAUGCCCUCCGCGCUGAAUCUCACUGCUGACCAGGCAAGCCUGGUGAACGCAUCGGUAGCUCUGGGCGGAAUGGCAGGAUCUUUGUCCUUGUCGCCGAUCAACGAGUUGCUCGGCCGCCGCAAAGCCAUCAUGGUGUCCUGUCUUCUGUAUACGAUCGGUGCAGCCCUCGAAGCCGGCGCCAUGAACUUUGGAAUGAUGGUCAGUGGCCGCCUGGUGCUAGGUAUGGGAAUUGGAAUUGAGGUUGCCACAGUCCCCAUCUACGUGGCCGAAACAGUCCCCCGAAAGCAUCGUGGCAAUCUGGUCUCGCUCUAUCAAUUCAACAUCACUCUCGGCGAAGUUUUGGGCUUUGCCGUCGCAGCCAUGUUCAUCAGCGUAAAGGGAAACUGGCGUUACAUCCUCGGCUCCUCCCUUGUUUUCUCCACCAUUCUCUUCGUCGGCAUGAUAUUCCUGCCUGAGAGUCCACGCUACUUGAUGCACAAAGGCCACCCGCUAGACGCGUUCCGAGUGUGGAAGCUGGUCAGAGAUAUCAGACAGAGAGAAGCGAAAGACGAGUUCUUCGUCAUGAUGUUCUCGGUCCGGGAAGAGGCUGCUGGGAACCGCAACCGGGGCAAAUUCGCGUGGACGGACUAUCUCACCGUCGCCCGAUGCCGGCGGGCUAUGAUCUAUUCCCUUGUCAUGGGUGCCCUGGGCCAGUUGACUGGUAUCAAUGCGGUGAUGUACUAUAUGGCGGUCCUCUUCAGCAAGGUUGGCUUUGACGCAAAGGACAGCGUGUUCAUGUCCCUAGUGGGCGGAGGAACGCUGAUGCUUGGAGUCAUCCCAGCAAUCAUCUUCAUGGAGAGACGCGGCAGAAGAUUCUGGGCCAUUACAAUGGUGCCUUGCUUUUUCGUCGGUCUGCUCAUCAUCGGUCUAGGCUACUUGAUCCCCCUAAGCCAUACUGGUGCAGCUCAAGGGAUCUACAUCACAGGCCUAGUCAUCUAUAUGUUCUUCUUCGGCCCUUACGCUACCUUAUCCUGGAUCAUACCGUCUGAGGUUUACCCGACCUACCUGCGCAGCUACGGCAUGACGGUGUACACAACUAUAGCCUUCGUGUGGAUUUUCGUCGUCACCUAUAACUUCAGUCAAAUGUUGGAGGCCAUGACAAAGAUCGGCCUUACCCUGGGGUUCUACGGCGGCAUCGCCGUGAUUGGGUGGUUCUAUCAAAUCUUCUUCAUGCCCGAGACUCACAAUAAGACUUUAGAAGAGAUUGACUUGGUUUUCCAGAAGCCGACAAUUGAGAUUGUAAAGGAGAAUGCGCGGAACUCGUGGGAGACAGCCAAAGAUCUCGCCCACUUUCGGCUGAGGAAGGUAUUUCUUACCCGGUCCUAG